AUGGGUGCAUCUCCAAUGUCCCCUUCCCACUCUCCUGCUCCCUCCGAAUCCUGGACCCCGGCUCGAAGACCCAGCCUUGAAGCUGAACGGGAGAUCCUGUCGACACGGGGCCAUAAUCUCCCAGCACUACUUCGCUGGCGAUCACUUUCAGUCCCCCCGGCUACUGCUCGGGAUGAGUACGUUGUAGAGCAUGGCGAUGGCGCACCCUUUCGGGACAGACGCGAAAGUUUGCCGUUCUUUCUCAGAGGAAUGACCUUGAUCGGAGCAAGUAAUCCGAUGUACCAAUGGCAUCGCUAUUAUAAAUCCCCCGAGGAGCUGAAAAGCAUGAAGAAACACCUGCGGAAAUACUACGAACGUACCAAUGAGCUGGUUUUGCAGUAUCUGUACAUUGAUCGAUUGCUGGACUCAUCGCUACCACAUCGUUUGAUAGACGAAUACACCCAUGAUCACGAUACAGUCGCCCGCCUCUCGAACAGAAGCCCAGUGCAGAAUGGUGAGGGUUCAUCCGUAAACACGUCAGCCCGGAAGAUCAAAAGGACCCCUCGCAACUUAUACCGUCUUCCAAACGAACGGUCACCGCUGCUACCGCCAACCAUCGAAGAAGACGUCCCGUUUCCCCCAAUCGGUUCCCCAGAUGAUCAAGAGUUCGUCGACGGCGACCAUCACAUUGUCACAGUCGCCAUCUACAUCAUCUUCCUCGCAAAUGUGUUCUUGCUGGGUGCCAAAAUCACCGUCAUGAGCUUGACGAAUUCCAUGUCAGUGUUGGCCAGUCUGGUAGACAGCGUAUUGGACUUUCUGAGUACGAUGAUCUUGUGGACGACAACCAAGCUCGUCCAGCGACAGGACAGGUACCGUUACCCCAUCAGUCGACGGCGGCUGGAACCUCUCAGUAUCUUGGUUUAUGCGGUGGUUAUGGCUACCUCGUUUGUGCAGGUAGCCAUCACCUCACUGGGGCGAUUGCUAGGUCCUGACCACGAAGUGGUGAAACUCACGCUUCCCUCGAUUUUGAUCAUGGCUAGUACAGUCGGGGUAAAACUUCUCUGUUGGCUUUGGUGCCGAUUGAUCAAGAAUACCAGCGUUCAAGCCCUGGCGCAGGACGCCAUGACGGACGUGGUCUUCAACUUUUUCAGUAUUCUCUUUCCAUUGGUCGGCUUCUUUGCCAAAUGGUGGUUUGUAGACCCCCUUGGUGGUCUACUGCUCUCGGUCUACAUCAUCUGGAACUGGAGCGCGACGGCAGCUGAGCAUAUCCGCCAUCUCACUGGCGCCGCUGCCUCGCCCGCCGAUCACAGCGUUCUGCUGUACAUGACCAUGCGAUUCUCCAAAAUCAUCUGGAAAAUCCAGGAUUUGAAGGCCUACUACGCAGGGGAUCACCUUAAUGUCGAGGUGGACAUAGUUGUGGAUGAGAGGACGAGCUUGCGCGAUAGUCAUGACGUCGGUGAGAGUCUACAGUACAUGCUGGAAAGCCUGCCCACCGUCGACCGCGCUUUUGUGCAUCUGGACUAUGAUCCGUGGAAUAUUCCGAGCCACAUGAAUCAACUGGAGGCAUAG